GGUCACAAAGCAGAGCUGCUUUGCCCGUAGAUGUCAAAAUCUCUAGCUACAACGGGAGCCAGCCGGAGCCAGAGCCGGAAAUGGAGCUGGAACCGAGUUGGAUCCGGUGCUGGAACCGGGGCUGGAGCAGGAGCUGGUGCUAGAGACAGACAUUCCAACGUCGUCCUGACGGAGACGAAAGAAGAAGCAGUGGCAAAUACAGUUCUGUUGCUGGUUUCAGGAGGAAUGAUUCUUCCAUAUUCGACACAGUUCACUUGCCCUGUUCAAGAAAAUGGAUUCAGCCCUUCUUCGGUUCUUUCAAGAUAUCGUUUUGAGGUUACUUCGUUGAGAUAUGACUGUUUUGCUUCGGUGAAGAUUCCCUCCUCCUCGAAGUGGAAUGUUAUGAGGUCAAGACGAAAUGUGAAAGCUUUUGGGUUGGUUGAUAAACUUGGGAAGAAGGGAUGGAGAGGCAAAGAAGAAGAUAGUGAUAGUGAAGAUGACGAAGAUGAAGUGAAAAAAGAUACCUCUGGCGGGAAAGAAGCGAGUCUCGAUGAUCCAGAAGAGAGACGGGAAUGGAGGAAGACGAUAAGAGAGGUGAUUGAUAAGCAUCCCGAUAUCGAAGAAGAGGAGGAGAUUGAUAUGGUUGAGAAGAGGAGGAAGAUGCAGAAGCUUCUUGCUGAUUACCCUCUUGUUGUGAAUGAAGAGGAUCCUAAUUGGCCUGAAGAUGCUGAUGGUUGGGGUUUUAGUUUCAACCAGUUCUUUAAUAAGAUAGCGAUUAAGAAUGAAAAGAAGGAUGAUGAUGAUGAUGAAGAUAAUGAAGGAGAUGAUGGUGAGAAGGAGAUUGUGUGGCAAGAUGAUAACUAUAUACGCCCGAUCAAAGAUCUCACAACUGCAGAAUGGGAGGAGACGGUGUUUAAAGAUAUCAGUCCUCUCAUGGUUCUUGUUCACAACCGCUACAAGAGGCCAAAGGAAAACGAAAAAUUCAGGGAAGAACUAGAGAAGGCGAUUCAAGUUAUAUGGAACUGUGGACUUCCUUCACCUAGAUGUGUUGCUGUUGAUGCUGUGGUUGAGACAGAUUUGGUCUCUGCUCUGAAAGUAUCUGUGUACCCGGAGAUCAUCUUCACGAAAGCUGGAAAGAUACUAUACCGUGAGAAAGGCAUUAGAACAGCAGAUGAGCUUUCAAAAAUCAUGGCCUUCUUCUAUUAUGGAGCUGCAAAACCACCUUGUUUGAAUGGUGUUGUGAAUUCGCAAGAACAUAUUCCUUUAGUCGAUAACAUGAUAAAUUAUGAGUCUCAGAAGCAGAGACUUCGCGUCCCAGACGAGCGGGAGGCGUUGGCAUCGCUCGCCCCUGCUCAUCCUCUGCCGCCCCGUAAGACGCAUUCCUAUGUCGAGCAAUACGAACAGAAGCCGCACCAUCCAAUCCGCAAAUAUAGCCUUGAUGAGGGCAUUAAAUCCGUGACAUCGGAUUCUGAAGCUGUUUAUUUUGAUUCCUCCGAUGGAGAGUUCUCUACCGAAGGAGUAGUCAUCAUCAAUGGAAGAACCAGUGGUGAAAGAGGUAACGGAGAGGAAUACGGUUUUGUCACGCCUCCAUCGAAACCAGCAUCACAGCGCGGUGAAAAUGACGGCGGCGGGGAGGAUGAUAUCGAGUCCCUUCCAGAAUUCAUCGGUGCAGGAGGCGGCGUUGACGUAUUUAAGGUGCCGGUGCGUGCCGCGGUGAAUCCCGGACGGCCGCCAUGUCUCGAGCUCCGACCGCAUCCGUUAAGAGAGACACAGACGGGAAAGUUUCUGAGAAACAUUGCGUGCACAGAAAGUCAGCUAUGGGCGGGACAAGAGAACGGCGUGAGGUUCUGGAACUUGGAGGAAGCAUACGAGGUUGGUUGUGGCCUUGGCGGGCAGGUACGGCGAGGGGAUGAGGAUACAGCGCCGUUUCAUGAAUCUGUUCCGACCUCGCCUGCCUUGUGUUUGAUGAUUGACCACGGCAAUAGGCUUGUGUGGACCGGCCACAAGGAUGGCAAAAUUAGGGCCUGGAAAAUGAAUCAGCCGAUUACGACUACUGCGGAUGAUUCAAAGCCUUUCAAGGAACGACUCUCGUGGCAAGCUCAUCGUGGUCCUGUGAAUUAUAUUGUCAUAAGCUCAUAUGGUGAUAUGUGGUCAUGUUCUGAUGGCGGUGUGAUAAAAAUAUGGACUUUGGAUUCUUUAGAGAAGUCUCUUGUGCUUAAACCGGAGGAGAAACAUAUGGCCGCAUUGUUAGUUGAGAGGUCUGGCAUUGACCUGAGGAGCCAAGUUACUGUCAAUGGUACAUGCAGCAUAUCUUCGUCAGAUGUCAAGUUUUUGUUAGUUGAUACAGUAAGAGCUAAAGUGUGGGCUGUGCAGCACCUCUCAUUCUCACUAUGGGAUGCUCAGAAUAAAGAGCUUCUGAAAGUUUUUAAUAUUGAUGGGCAAGUUGAAAAUCGUGUGGACAUGCCACCAACGCAAGGUCAACAAGUUGAAGACACGAAAGCGAAGUUCUUUUCCGCACCAAAAAAGGAGAAAUCACAGGGCUUUCUGCAAAGAUCGCGCCAUGCCAUAAUGGGAGCUGCAGGAGCUGUUCGUCGAGCUGCCACUAGAAGUACAGGAGCUUUUGCAGAAGACACUAGGAAAGUAGAAGCUAUUGCGAUAGCGGCAGAUGGAUCAAUUUGGACUGGAAGCAUGAAUGGCGUAAUUGCUCAGUGGGACGGAAAUGGAAGCCGCUUGCGGGAGGUGAAUCAUCAUCAGCAGGCUGUUCUUUGCUUUUGCACUUUUGGUGAUCGAAUAUAUGUGGGUUAUGCAAGUGGUUACAUCCAGGUCUUGGAUCUUGGUGGAAAGCUAAUUGCAAGCUGGGUUUCACACAAUGAACCUGUGAUAAAGCUAGCAGCAGGUGGUGGUUUCAUUUUUAGUUUAGCCACUCAUGGUGGUGUAAGAGGAUGGUAUGUGACAUCUCCAGGACCUCUAGACAGCGUAAUCCGAACAGAAUUGUCUCAAAAGGAAAUGACAUAUGCCCGACAAGACAGUGUUAAAAUCUUGAUUGGUACCUGGAAUGUUGGUGAAGGACGGGCUUCACGCGGAGCGCUUGUGUCUUGGCUGGGUUCUGCUGUUUCAGAUGUUGGCAUUGUCGCUGUUGGCUUGCAAGAGGUGGAUAUGGGGGCUGGUUUCCUAGCCAUGUCCACUGCCAAGGAAACGGUAGGGGUUGAAGGAAGUGCCGUGGGCCAGUGGUGGCUUGAUGCAAUUGGAAAUGCACUGGAUGAGAGAAAUACUUUCGAACGUAUGGGUUCAAGGCAAUUGGCAGGACUGCUAAUAUCUCUUUGGGUGAGGAAGAGUAUUAGAACACAUGUCGGGGAUCUUGAUGUCGCAGCAGUUCCUUGUGGAUUUGGCCGCGCCAUUGGGAACAAGGGAGGUGUGGGUUUGAGAAUCAGAGUUUAUGACCGGAUUAUGUGCUUUGUGAACUGUCACUUGGCUGCUCACUUGGAGGCAGUUACUCGGAGAAACGCGGAUUUCAAUCACAUAUAUCGGUCAAUGGUCUUUUCCAAAGGACAAAGUGUAUAUACUGCUGCAGCUGCUGGUGCUUCAACAUCAGCUCAAGCGCUAAAAAAUAACCCUAAUACAAACAUCAGCACUGAAGAGGAGAAGUCUGAUUUAGCAGCAGCAGAUCUGGUUGCAUUUUUCGGUGACUUCAAUUACAGGUUGUUUGGUAUAACCUACGAUGAAGCGAGGGACUUCAUUUCGCACCGAUCUUUUGAUUGGCUCAGAGAGAAAGACCAACUUAGGCAAGAGAUGAAUGAGGGAAAAGUGUUCCAAGGAAUGCGUGAGGCGUUAAUCACCUUCCCGCCGACUUACAAAUUUGAAAAGAAUAAACCAGGUCUUGGAGGGUAUGAUUCAGGAGAGAAAAAGCGAAUACCCGCAUGGUGCGACAGAGUUAUAUAUAGAGACAACCAAUCAAUCUCAAAUUCAGAAUGCAGUUUGCAGUGCCCUGUAGUUUCGUCGACUGUAAUGUAUGAAGCUUGCAUGGAUGUGACUGAGAGUGAUCACAAACCCGUGCGGUGCAAACUUCAUGCUAACAUAGCUCACACCGAUAAAUCUGUGCGAAGACAGGAGCUAGGGAAAAUAGUAAAGUCCAAUGAGAAACUCAGAUCCAUGUUCGAGGAACUAAAAUCGGUUCCAGAAACAUCAGUGAGCACCAACAACAUUCUUCUUCAUAGUCAGGACACUUUCAUCUUUACUAUCAGAAACACUUCAAACUCGAGUAGAGCCAUCUUCAACAUCGUCUGCAAGGGUCAAAGUCUCAUUAGAGAGGAUGGAGAGGAACCUGAUAAUCAUACAAGAGGCACCUUUGGUCUCCCUCGCUGGCUUGAGGUUUCUCCAGGAGCUGGGAUUAUAAAACCAGAUGCUUCACUGCAGGUGAAGGUUCAUCAUGAAGACUUUCACACCUCAGAGGAGUCCGUUGAUGGCAUCCAACAAAACUCAUUGUCUGAAGAAAGUUCUGACAAAGAAGUGACCCUGAUCAUAAUCAUUCAGGGAAGCUGCUCGACCAGAACAACAAGCCACUCUAUCAAAGUCCGCCACUGCUCCUCAGCAGCCAAAUCCCUUAGUCUCGUUCAUUCUAAAACAACCAGCAUGACAAAGAAUCUAGAGGGUUCCACUCGUUACCAAACAGAUGCUAACCGUGGUGGAAGCACCAGACACAGAACCGAUGACUCCACCAGACGGGGUUGAUGAUGUUUCCUGUUAACAUCACAACUAUAGCUAGAUCUUAGGAGCAGAAGAACUGUGAAGCCAUCAAAAGAAAUGCAUCCAGACCCAGUAGGAUAUUAAAUAUCUUAUUCACAA